CAAACAGAACAUUACACAACACCCCACAACAAUGACCGCAGAGGGCUCGGAACAGCCCUGGGGACGAGUGUUGAUUGCGGGCGGUACAGACUGGCCUACCAACGGCCAGAAGAACCGCGCAAAUGCAGCUGUUACCGAUCUUCUCGCACCGCACAUCUUGCGCUCAAUAUGCCAUGUCAAGGUCACCAAGAUCAUCGCGGGCAGUAAUGCAAACUACGCCGUAGCGCUCGACGUCCACGGCGUCGCCCACCUCUUUGGCAAGCUUCCAACCGGCGGCCUCGGCCCAACCGGAUCCAAGGGCAAUGUGCCGCACGACCAGCCCUUGCACAUCGCACCGCACUCUGCCGGCUUGGCACAAGAUGCGCGAUGGGUAGAUGGGAGCGUAGGCCGGAGUCACUUCUUCCUCAUCGACAACGAAGGCAGCGUCUGGGGCUGCGGUAACAACGUCGCGGGUCAACUAGGCCUGCCCAUCAGCCCGGAAGAGCCCAAGCUUGUUCAGAUCAAGGGCCCCUGGGUAAGCCAAGGGGCCAAGAUUGUCCAGGUCAGCACGGGGCUCACCUUCUCCCUCUUCCUUACCGACUCGGGGCAAGUGUACGCCGCUGGGUCGAGUGAAUUCGGCCAGCUGGGCAACGGGACGACUGGCGAGCGCCUAGUCAAGGCAGGACGCAUGUCAUACGAGGUCCAGACUCCCCCACGCCAGAUCACGGAGGGCUUGGGGUCCAAGAAGGUCAUCCAGAUCUCGUCCGGAAGCCAGCACUCGCUCGCGCUCGACGACGAAGGCAACGUGUGGACGUGGGGCCACGCAGGCUACGCAAGGCUCGGCCUUGGAGAUACCAAGGACCGGUUGGUACCGACGGUCAUUCCCCAGUACCAGGCAGGCAAUGAGAAGAACAGGGCCGUCGAGGUGCUGUGUGGGCCAACCAGCUCUAUUGUGAUUGAUCGCCAUCGGCUGUUCCACAUUGCCGGCAAGUGGAAGCUGUCUGGUGACGGUUCCGCUGGCACGCCCCAUACCUACUUCAAGACGAUUGAGAACCUCAGCUGCAUCACGACUCUUGCGGCUGUUGGCGGCUGCACCCACUUCAUCACCACGCCGAUGGAAGACGGCAAGACAAUGACGAUUGGCUGGGGCCAGGGAGCACUCUACGGCGAGUUGGCGUUUGGCGCCGACAAGAUGAAGAGCUCCACCAAGCCUCAGGAGAUCGUGCCCUUGAGAGGCAUCGACGUCAUUGACGUGGCGGCAGGCUCCUUCUUUACCCUCUUCCUCGCCAGACCGACCGACGAGUUGUCCGACCUGCCUCGGUACCCGGAACACGUCGAGUCGGCUGAUGUGUGCCUGGUCUGCAACGAGUUCCAGGGCGACGAUGAAGUACAACUGGAAUGCGAGAGGUGCGACGAGCCAUAUCACCCAGGGUGCCUCAACCCGCCGUUAGACGGCGUGCCUGCCGGACAGUGGUUCUGUCCCGUGUGCGAAGAGGAGAGUGAGAAGAUGGGGCAGCCAGGGACCAACUCGAAUGGAACCGAGGAGGUCGAGGACAACCUCGAUGUGAAAGAAGCUGAGAACAGCCAACGAGGAGAGUCGUUGAAGCGCAAAGCUGGGGAGGAUGCCAAUGUAACGCCCAAGAAGGUGCGAGUACCCGCGUGAAUGGAGGGCGGUGGGACUGUUUCUUUUUGCAUACGGUUGGAGAGAAUGCACACUGUAGCCUUGUUGCGGCGUAAGUGUGCCGUGGCGCCUUGUCUCGCCCUCGUCGCCCCUUUGCGUUCGGAUGCGGACCACGGGCCGAGGAUGUGCCGGAACUUGUUGUUCACGGUGUUUGGCCACCAUGUUGCA